AUGGAGCUUCUAGCAAUGGCUGUACUUCUGGUUGCAGCAGUGGCUGCACAGAAUGGACCAGGAUUGCUCAGGGGUUUCCACUGCAACAAAAACUCUCAGCCCUGGACAGCAGCACUGUUUGAUGGCUGGAAGUUCCACUGCACAGGGACUCUGAUUAACAGCCAGUGGCUGGUCACCGCUGCUCAGUGCUUCACAAAUCGGGCUGGUGAGGGGGAGUGGCCUGGGAAGAUGGGCGUGGCUGGAGAGAGGGUGUGGUCUAGGGAGACUCCCAAGGGCCAGAGAGAGAGAGACCUGGAGGGCCAUACCUGCUCCAAUGCAUUUGGGUGCCUCUUUGUCCUUUACACCUGCUCCUUGUACCACAGUUUCUUCUAUGUGGCUCUUGGAGAAAACAGCCUGCUGAGCUUUGAAGGGACAGAGCAGCUGAAGAUCGGAAUCAAGGCAAUCCGCCACCCCUUUUACAACAGCUUCAACAAGGAUAACGACAUCAUGUUGGUCAAACUCCUGACCCCCAUCAGGUUGACUGACAGCGUCCAGCCACUUGCCUUGCCCAGCAGCUGUGUUGAUCCUGGCAGCUACUGUGUCGUCGCUGGAUGGGGCACCCCCAUUCUGCAGAAAGAGUACCCACCAGACAUCCUCUACUGCGGAAAUAUCACCACCCUGACUGACCAGGAAUGUUUGGCUGCCUAUCCUGCUAUCCACUUGGGGCACAUGCUAUGUGCUACUGUCAAGAUGGGUGGAUCUGAUUCCUGCCAGGGAGACCCUGGCUCACCCCUUGUCUGUCGUAACGCACUGCAAGGCAUCACAUCCUGGGGCUUUGAAAAAUGCUCUGAGGUAGAAAGCCCCAGCGUCUUUGUCAAGGUCUGCAACUACGUUAAUUGGCUGCGGGAGACGAUGGCUUUGGCUUAA